UACACAUACGGACAAUCGCACUCAUAUACACAUAUAUUCCAGCUAACACGACGGUAACACACAUGUACUAAUACAUAUAUACGCCACAUAUAUCCGCACAUGGCAUGACUUUAAGGACAGGACUGAAAACAACAACAAAAGCAAAUGAUGUCUGUAUGAAAUUGUAUUCUUAUAUGAUUUGGUUUGUUCAGGAUUUAUGCAAAAGCACAUCCGACUGCCCACAGUUUCGGAAAAGAUGGUGAAUUUCAAGUCUUUCGACACAGUGGAACCAGAGUUUAUGGAAAAAUUCUUCAUAAAGAUACACGCUUGUGUGAUGACCUUUGCCUGGUUGUUUUGUGCGAGCAUUGGAAUCGUCGUGUCUCGAUUCUACAAACCACUUUGGCCGCAGAAAAGAUUUUGUGGAAGGAAGGCGUGGUACUCAAUUCAUCGUUCGCUCAUGGUACUUCUUGGAUUCCUGGUCACUGGAGCCUUUAUUCUGAUAUUCGUCGAAGCACAGGGCAUGAGUGAUAUAAGUUUUGUGGAUUUCCGGAAUAUGCACCCAGUUAUUGGAAUAAUUGUGAUGGGACUUACAACUGUGCAGAUAUUACUGGGCCUGUUUCGACCAAACUCGUCGUCUAAGAACCGACCUGUGUUCAACUGGGCUCAUUGGUGUGUUGGCAUCAUCUCGCAUAUUCUGGCAGUUGGUAACAUUAUCCUGGGCGUUAACCUGAAGAAGGCGCGGGUCCACGAGUACGUCUCGUACGUCCUCUACUGCUUCGCCGUCUACCAGGUCUUCAUCGUCCUCGUGCUCGAGGUCGUCGCGUGCAACUCCAGAAUCAAAGAACGAAAACAGCAGACGUACUCAAUCUAUGCGACACGGAACACCACCUAUUCCAGCACCAAAGACGGCGACGAUAACUCCGAAGAACCGCCGGGUAGCUUCGCCCGCCGUGUUAUUCUCCGAAUCCACGUGUUUGUAGUGACAUUAUUCACGGGAUCCGUGGUCGCCAUUAUUGCUGUCAGCUGAGCUGAAAACAGAAUAGUGUAAAAUUAUAAAUGGUUUCCGAUGCUCAAUAUUUCCGCGACGUGGCACAAUGACAAUUAAUGGGGUGCAUGGAAAGACUGAGUGACUUCAUGACGCAUUCUGACAGUCGCUGCAGAGCACGAGUUACGUCAUCGACUGAUUUAUUUAUAGGAAGAUGCUGACUAAUGUCAGAUUGAAUAAUAACGUGUUUUGUUUUUACUUUUCAUUGUGGGAUGGUUUACACUUGCUUCUGUCACAUCAACAGGGGCGUGGCUAUCUGGAAACAGCUGAGGUCAAAACGGAAAUGGAGUACACAUUGGUGGGUGGGGUGGGAUGGGGGGCUGAGCGAAAUUGAUAUCUAUUUUAAACAUAGAGUGCACUUAGGAUUAGAAUCAUUGUCACCCCUGAUUCAGAAUUACGUACGGUCCUGGUUAAUUGUAACUAUAUAUUUAUAAUCAUCACUUCAGAAGACCAUUGUUUAUCAUGAUAUAUCUGAGUUGGCAGCAACAAUAACUACAAUAAAAUAAACAAAAAUGAGAAGGGAAAAACAAGAAAUAAGAAAAGAAAGGGACCAUAACAAUAACCACACCCGAAACUACAUUGUCAGUUACGUUUCCUACAUGUCAAAACGACUUCUGUUACUGCAUGAAUUUCCCUUUUGAAUAACAACAUACUCCAGGAUUAAAAUUAUAUCUAUUUUGCUCAGUGACGUAAUACCAUUGUAAAAGGUGCUAAUUCACCGGCAUAUUGGUGAACAUAUUUCAUUGUUGUCUGUAGAAUGUGUUUUCGUAGACAAUAGGAGCCGAAUUUACAAAACCUGUUUUUGAUUUACAAGCUGGCAACGACAUAUAUUUAAAAUAAUUAAAAACUUGCCUUUGAGAAAAAAACAGGCUUCGUAGAUUCGACCUCAUGUGUUUAAAUUAAUUUUGCUUUUUCCCCCAUUUCUAUCUACAGUUUAUUAUUCUCUAUUUAAUAUGUUUUUAAAUAACGAAUUCCUUUUUGUAUAUAACUUUGUACAAUAACUUGUGAUAUUUUUAGAAAUUAUUAUGCUGUGAUUUCAUAGUCUGCAUUCCUUCAUCAAUUACAUUGUUUUAUUUUCAAUAUUGGUUUACUGGUGUAGACAUUGUGAGCUAUUUAAAGCUCACACAAUAUCACGGUUAAUCAAGAGGGAAGCUCCUUAAAGCUCUCAAUGAGAUCAUAGUUAACCGAAUGAGAAGCUCCUUAAAGCUCUUAGUGGGAUCAUAGUUAAUCGAGAGGGAAGCCCCUUAAAGCUCUCAAUGAGUUCAUAGUUACCCGAGGGGGAAGCUCCUUAAAACUCUUAAUGAGAUAAUAGUUAACCGAGUGAGAAGCUCCUUAAAACUCUUAAUGAGAUCAUAGUUAAUCGAGAGGGAAGAUUCUUAAAGCUCCCAAUGAGAUCACAGUCAACUGAGAGGGAAGCUCCUUAAAACUCUUAAUGAGAUAAUAGUUAACCGAGUGAGAAGCUCCUUAAAACUCUUAAUGAGAUCAUAGUUAAUCGAGAGGGAAGCUUCUUAAAGCUCUCAAUGAGUUCAUAGUUACCCGAGGGGGAAGCUCCUUAAAACUCUUAAUGAGAUAAUAGUUAACCGAGUGAGAAGCUCCUUAAAACUCUUAAUGAGAUCAUAGUUAAUCGAGAGGGAAGAUUCUUAAAGCUCCCAAUGAGAUCACAGUCAACUGAGAGGGAAGCUCCUUAAAACUCUUAAUGAGAUAAUAGUUAACCGAGUGAGAAGCUCCUUAAAACUCUUAAUGAGAUCAUAGUUAAUCGAGAGGGAAGCUUCUUAAAGCUCCCAAUGAGAUCACAGUCAACUGAGAGGGAAACUCCUUAAAACUCUUAAUGAGAUCAUAGUUAAUCGAGAGGGAAGCUUCUUAAAGCUCCCAAUGAGGUCACAGUCAACUGAGAGGGAAGCUCCUUAAAACUCUUAAUGAGAUAAUAGUUAACCGAGUGAGAAGCUCCUUAAAACUCUUAAUGAGAUCAUAGUUAAUCGAGAGGGAAGCUUCUUAAAGCUCCCAAUGAGGUCACAGUCAACUGAGAGGGAAGCUCCUUAAAACUCUUAAUGAGAUAAUAGUUAAUCGAGUGAGAAGCUCCUUAAAACUUUUAAUGAGAUCAUAGUUAAUCGAGAGGGAAGCUUCUUAAAGCUCCCAAUGAGAUCACAGUCAACUGAGAGGGAAACUCCUUAAAACUCUUAAUGAGAUCAUAGUUAACUGAGAGGGAAGCUCCUUAAAACUCUUAAUGAGAUCACAGUCAACUAAGAGGGAAGCUCCUUAAAGCUCUCAAUGAGAUCAUAGUUAACCGAGUGAGAAGCUCCUUAAAACUCUUAAUGAGAUCAUAGUUAAUCGAGAGGGAAGCUUCUUAAAGCUCCCAAUGAGAUCACAGUCAACUGAGAGGGAAGCUCCUUAAAACUCUUAAUGAGAUCAUAGUUAAUCGAGAGGGAAGCUCCUUAAAACUCUUAAUGAGAUCACAGUCAACUGAGAGGGAAGCUCCUUAAAGCUCUCAAUGAGAUCAUAGUUAACCGAGUGAGAAGCUCCUUAAAACUCUUAAUGAGAUCAUAGUUAAUUGAGAGGGAAGCUCCUUAAAACUCUUAAUGAGAUCACAGUCAACUGAGAGGGAAGCUCCUUAAAGCUCUCAAUGAGAUCAUAGUUAAUCGACCAGUAUAUGUGGCCUAGUUGCUUAAACCAUCGACUUCAAAGUUGUUAACUUGAUACAUGUUGUCUUUGCCUUGAACAUAAUUCUCUGGCGAAGUCAGAGCUUGUGCUCACGACAGGUGUGCUUGAACAGUUCUCCGAUGGAAGCACGCUAAAGGUUUCCCAUACCCGAUACCCGUACCCUAGUCCGAGUGUUCACGUCUCAGUACGAGACAUGCUCGCCACCAAUUCCUCUCUUAUUAACAGCUAAUCUUUAACUCUGUUCUGGACAGGGAACAACGAUAGGUGAAAAAUGUCCUGCCCAGAACGUCGUAUUUGAAUCUUAAUUUAAAAUACGCGUUAGAAUAAAUCGGGGAAAAAAAGGGGAGUGGGGGGAGGGUGGUGGUGGUGGAAAAAGAAUGAUAGCGUGUAAUAUUUCACACCGAGCAUAAUUAAGCUGUCUACAUUCUGUAGUUAACUGUAUGUUGCGCUAAUAUAUAGACUCUCUAGCAAUAUACCAAAUAGCAUAUUCAUCGAGUUCGAUGUUCGACGAUAUUCUUGAUAUGCAGUCAUGGAAUUAGUUUGCGCAAUACAUAGGGUGGUCUUUCAAACACAAUAAAUGUAUGGUGUACAUAUGUUGGGCAUGGUUGUAGAGUUGAGGAAUGUGUUCAUAUUCGAAGUUGACCUACAUUGUUUUAGUGUACAAUGCAUAAUGUAUUAUAAUUAAAUGAGAAAAUACUUAAGCGAUGGGAUAAGGAAAUAAGUACAAUGCAUUAUGGCAAUACGAUAAUAACAGUGACCAAUUUGACUUUAUUAUCGUAAAGGGUAAGCAAGUACUAUUAUUAUAUUAAUUAAUUUUGUAUGCAUUAACUUUUAUAUGUUAUACUGACUUGGUUUUAGAAAAUGUUUUUAAUUUAAAAGGAAGAGGGAGAAUAAGAAAACAGAACAAUAAAGGAAUAGAAGGGAAAAUGAAAUGGAAAAAAACUCUAUGGAAAACAAACUAUUGAAAAAAUACAAUACAAAAACAGAGAAACAAAUAUAAAAAUGUUUUGCUCAUUUUUAGAUUUUACAUACAAUCUAAAAUAGUAUACUCCUUUAUUCCAAUUAAUGCCACAAUGCUAUCAUAUCAUAAUUUGCUUUAGAUAGUGUUCUUAAAAUAGUAUUAUCUGACUGACGAUAUUCAUUGUAUUUUGACAUUCUGAACACAGUCCGAAUGUGAUAUUUCCAAACUGAUGUGUGAGGAUGUGGGGUACGAUUUUUUUUAAAGAUCACCCUCGAUAGACUUUUUUUCUCUUCAAAAACAUCGAUAUAAAAUCAAUGUACAGGUUUUAUAAAACACACACCAUCAUCGAAAUGCACAUGGAAGCUUACAGUCCACUCCCUUUAGCAAUUCGAUACUUCAGUAUAUGUUAAGUUAUAUGAUCCUACAACAUUGAAUAAAACGUGAUCUGUGUCAAAAUUGUGAUGUCAAUGUCAUGUUAGCCAUGAUGUCAUUUUAACUUGAAUGAUCCGAAUUACCAAUAUGUUAACAUAAACUAUAGUCCUAUUCAGUUGCUUGGACCCUACGUUUUUUGCAAAUGUUUCGUUUAAUUCCUGUUCAAUCCUUGUUUUCUUUACGUUUGCAUGAAAACAAACCCAAACCCCGACAGGUUUUAUAUACAAUUCAUCAUUUAAAAUGCACAACAUACAUAUAUAUAUAUAUUUGUAAUGCAAAUAAGUCAACUUUUUAGAUGAUGAAUUGUAUAUAAAACCUGUCGGGGUUUGGGUUUGUUUUCAUGCAAAUGUAAAGAAAACAAAGAAUGAAUAGGAAUUAAAGUUAUAGUUUCGUUUAACCCACGUUGUGUAAAUUUUUUAGAUAUCAGUAAAAAAGAGAUAAAUUUGUUUCUGGGGUUAAUACAAUUACAAAAACCUCCAAUAUAAUCUCCUCUUGAUAAUGCUGCUUUAACGUUCACCAUAAAUCAUAAUUGUAAUGCUAUAUGUAUAUACUAUUAACUAUAGCGUGUUCAACGAGCUUCCAUGUAACAUUACGAUUGUGACCAGCCAUAGCGAGUUCUAUAUUUUGUUAAUUAUCCAAGUUCAGUAUAUAUUUGCUUAAUUCCAGCUUAACUUAAUUACUGUAUGUUACUUGCAAUCCUUUAUGUAUUGGUAUGCUGUUUCGUAUUAGUAUUGUGUUACUAAUAUAGCCAACUAUGCCAGUACAAAGCUAAUAGUUUCAUUAUACUUGGUUAGCAAAUGUAAGUUAUAUAUAUUAUAUACCUUCCAUGUUUCUUAUUUUAAAAUGUAUGUAUCUUUUUUAAAACGUAUAUAGGUUACACUUCAUUACAGUUUUUAUAUACUGUAUCCUGUGUUGCUCCAAUCAAGCGUUGUAAAUAUUUGUAUAUAAACUAUUAUUUCAUGUAUUCCUUGCAUAAUCCUUGUGUAAAUAAAAUAUAUACUAGUAUUAUAUAAUGUACAUUAUUUUUAUUUCUGUGAAUUCACGCAAACAUUAUAUUAUCACACUGAGUUAUUCAAGUUGUAGUUUCGGUAAAGAAGAACGCAACUUUCCUUAAACUAUUCAAACCACAGUGACACAACGCGAUUGUGAUUAAUGACAAAAUCAUAUGCAAUGCAUUAUGCACGUUUAUUUCCGAAUUACGUUUCCGUGCUAUAUCUUUCCCAGGUCUUUAUACAAGUUUAGAUACAUAUCAGACAGUGCACAUAAUAAUACAAAUGUGAUUAUUGUGACACGCUAGCCCGUAACAUGACGGUUGGUAACGCCCAUUUUGUAAUAAACGACCCAUUUUGUAAUAACUGACCCAUUUUGUAAUAACUGACCCAUUUUGUAAUAUGUACCCAUUUUGUAAUAAAAAAACGACCCAUUUUGUAAUAAAAAAACGACCCAUUUUGUAAUAUUUAUGUAAAAAAAUUACCCAUUCUGUAAUGAAACUAGGUUCCCAUUAUGUAAUAAAAUUAGGCUCAUUUUGUAAUAACAAAGUACCCAUUCUGUAUUAAAUGCUUAAAACAUUAGGAUAUGAUAACUAUGUUAAAUGUUUACUAAUUUAAAUUAUUAAUUAAAGUUUGAUAGAACAAUUUAGCAAUGAUUGAAAUAGCUCGUACUAUUACAUAUAAGGAACGAUUCACAAAUAAUUAUUACUAUAUAUAUAAAUAUACUCUUUCCUAGUUGGUGUAUUUAUGUAUUUGUGUAUGUAUGCAUUUAUAUAUUUUCUUGAUGUAACUUAUGAGCUUUAUAGCUUAAAGUCAAUAAAGAAUGAA